AUGACGGGCGCAAGUAAUGACUCGAGCCCAACCCGCGACGGGGAGUCCAUUGCGAAACUCGACCCCGAAAAGCAUCCCUCGACGGAAUACGACGAUGGCGCCAACAUUGUCACCGCCUCUGAAAAAGACAUAAACUCCCUCCCAACCAUCGAUCACGCCGCCGAACGACGUCUGGUCCGGAAACUUGACUUGUACAUCGUUCCCCCAACCAUGCUCCUCUACCUCUUCUCCUUCCUGGACAGAGUCAACAUUGGCAACGCGCGGUUGUAUAACAUGGAAGAAGAUUUGGGGCUUCAAGGAUCGCAGUAUCAAACGGCGGUUAGCCUGUUGUUCGUCACAUAUAUUCUCUGUGAGACACCGAGCAAUCUUGUCAUCAAGCGACUCAGGCCAAGCCGGUGGAUUGCCUUCAUUACCUUGUCGUGGGGCAUUGUGGCAACGUUGACAGGCAUUGUCCAGAACUAUGGAGGACUAAUUGCUUGCCGCUUGAUCAUGGGCGCUCUGGAGGCAGGACUUUUCCCAGGUAUGACGAUAUAUCUCACCCUGUUCUACACCAAAAGAGAGAUCGCGCUCAGAGUCGGCUAUCUCUUUGUCUCGGCCGCCUUGUCUGGAAGUGUGGGCGGCCUUCUGGCUUAUGGCAUCGGAUUUAUGGACGGUGUGGCCGGCCAGUCAGGGUGGAGAUGGAUCAUGAUCAUAGAGGGCCUUCCCAGCGUUGUAUUGGGUGUCAUAGUCUAUUUCUGGCUCGCCGACGCACCAGAGUCGGCAUAUUAUCUUUCUGAAAAAGAGAGAGAGCUGAUGGUUCUGCGGAAGCGACGCCAGAUCGGCCAUACUUCGUCAGGGGACGAGCUCCACAAAGAAGACGUGAUGAAAGCCCUCAAGGACUGGAAAGUGUGGAUGUUUGCCUUUGGUCAGUUCGGCGUCGAUACCAUGCUCUAUGGGUAUUCGACUUUUCUGCCCACCAUCAUCAAGGGACUGGGGACAUGGUCGACAGCCGAGACGCAGGCCCUCACUGUGCCAUGCUACGCGUUGGGCGCAAUCACUUACCUGGUUGUCGCUUGGGCUUCAGAUAGAGCCCAGCAUCGAGCGCUUGCUGUCGCUCCUUUCUGCCUGGUGAGCAUCAUUGGCUACGCCAUUCUGAUCGCAGACGUAAGUCCAGGAGCCCAUUAUUUCGCCUGUUUCAUGGUCGCGACAGGGCUCUACGUCUCAGUUGGCAUUCCUCUUGCGUGGCUGCCUUCAAAUCAGCCUCGGUAUGGCAAACGGACAACUGCGAGCGGCAUUCAACUUACUAUCGGAAAUGCAGCUGGUAUCAUGGCCCCUUUCCUCUAUAAAACCAACGAGGCUCCUCGAUUUGUCCGCGGCCAUGCCGUGUCGCUUUCAAUGGUCGCUAUGGCCGGUGGAAUAUAUGUCUUCAUGGGAGCCUAUUUCUUUGCCCGAAACAAGCGCCGCCGAGCUGGGCAUGAGGAUGCAAACAUGGCUGGGAAGGCAGAGGAAGAAAUUGCGGAAAUGGGCGACGAGAAUCCACGGUACAUGUUUACGCACUGA